CGCUGCCGCGAAGUCCACGUGCGUGUGUUGACUUCCCGGUGGCACCGGGUUGUCGGCUCCAGGCGUCUUCGCCAUGGGCAAACGCCGAAGCCGGAGCCAGAACCAGCUGCUCAGUACCCUGACGAAAAAGCAGAAGAAGCAUCUUCGCGAUUUCGGCGAGGAGCAUCCCUUCUACGACCGAGUUUCCAGAAAGGAAGCAAAACCACAGAUUUGUCACCUGCCAGAGAGCUCAGAUACUUCAAAUUCUGAAAGCGAAUCCGACAGUGAACCAGAGCAAGUUUCUGGAUACCACAAACUGCUUGCUACAUUAACAAAUGCUUCUGAGGAAGAUGAGGAAGAUGAUGAAGAGGAGGAGGAAGAAGAGGAAGAAGAAGGUGUUGUAGAUGAGACAGACAUGAAUGAUGAAGAUGAUGGGAGUGAUGUCAGUGUGGAAGAAGAAGCAGAGUCUGCUGAGAUACAGGACAAUGUGGCUGUAUCUGGUAACACCGAAGGAAAAGAUGGAGGAGAGCCACCUGGGACAUCACAGAAAUCCCCAGAGGAGUUCACAGAUGCAAAACACGAGUCGCUGUUCAGCCUGGAAACCAAUUUUCUUGAGGAGCCAAGUGGAGACAGCUGUUCUCUGAAAGCAUCACAAGAUCCAUUUCUGCAACACAUAAACAAAGAACUGAAAGAAAAAGAAGUUGAGGCUGUUACCACAAAUCCCAAAACUACCCACCAGCUAAAAUGGCCCAUCCUGGGCCAGCUUGUCUUUUCAUCCAAGUUUCAGAAGUUGGAAACAUUUAAACCUCCAAAGGAUAUUGACUUACAAUCACUUCAUCUCCAAAAGCCUCUGGAAUCCACCUGGACCAAGACCAAUAGUCAGUUCCUGUCUGGCUCUCCAAAAUCCAAUGGUUCCUUCACCCCACUCCAGAAAGAGCUCUUCUUAAUUAUGAAUUCCUACCGGGACCUGUUCUACCCAGAGAGGACGGCUCUGAAGAACGGGGAAGAGAUCCGUCACGUGUACUGCUUGCAUGCAAUCAAUCAUGUCCUCAAAGCCAAUGCCCAGGUGCUAGGCAACAACAGCAGACGCCGAAGCCAGAAACUUGGGGUGGGUGAUGAUGAUGACUUCAGAGACCAAGGCCUAACAAGGCCCAAGGUGCUGAUUGUGGUGCCUUUCCGGGAAGCUGCCUUGCGGGUGGUGCAGCUGUUCAUCAGCCUCCUUGAGGGCGACAGCAAGAAGAAAAUAAUCGUAAGCAAUAAGAAAAGGUUUCAGGGAGAAUACGGAUCCGAUCCUGAGGAGAGACCACCCAACCUGAAGAGACCUGAGGACUAUGAAGCUGUGUUUGUGGGCAAUAUCGAUGACCACUUCAGGAUUGGUGUGGCAAUUCUUCAGAGAAGCAUCCGACUCUAUGCCCCUUUUUACUCCUCUGACAUCCUCAUUGCUUCCCCUCUUGGCUUAAGGACCAUCAUUGGUGGAGAAGGAGAGAAGAAAAGAGAUUUUGACUUUUUGUCAUCUAUUGAGCUUCUCAUCAUUGAUCAAGCUGACAUUUACCUGAUGCAGAACUGGGAGCAUGUCCUGCAUCUGAUGAAUCACAUGAACCUACUGCCCUUGGACUCCCAUGGCGUAGACUUUUCUCGGGUGCGAAUGUGGAGCCUCAAUAAUUGGUCUAAAUACUAUCGUCAGACACUGCUGUUUGGGGCCUUGCAGGAUGCCCAGGUCAACUCACUGUUCAGCAAGCACUGCAUCAAUUUACAAGGCCAGGUGGCAGUGAGGAACGUCCCGAUGACAGGCUCCAUCAGCCAUGUGCUGGUGCAGCUUCCCCAUGUCUUCCAGAGGAUGGAAACUGAAAACCUCGCUUCAGUGAUUGAUGCCAGGUUUAACUUUUUCAUAAGUAAGAUUUUGCCUCAGUACCGAGACGCCGUCAUGUCCCACACACUCAUCUAUGUCCCUUCCUACUUUGACUUUGUGCGUCUCCGGAAUUACUUCAAGAAGGAGGAACUGAACUUCACCCACAUCUGCGAAUACACCCAGAAGUCUGGUGUCUCCAGGGCCAGACAUUUCUUUCUUCAAGGAGAAAAGCAGUUCCUACUCCUGACAGAACGCUUUCAUUUCUACAAAAGGUAUACCAUAAAAGGCAUCAGGAACCUGAUAUUCUACGAACUGCCAACAUAUCCUCACUUCUACAGCGAAAUCUGUAACAUGCUGAGAGCCACCAACAGAGGAGAGGAGGCCACGUGGACCUGUACUGUCCUCUACUCCAAGUACGAUGCGCAGAGAUUAGCAGCUGUGGUCGGUGUGGAGCGGGCAGCCCAGAUGCUGCAGUCCCAGAAGAACGUCCACCUCUUUAUUACUGGAGAAAAAUGAGAGUUUGUCGACUGGAUGAGGUAUUGAGUGGGACGCAUUGGCCUUGUGCCCCUGGGCCAUCUCUGAGGAUUCCUCCCUCAGGAAGGAUGGCCACAGGGAUGAGCUCUCUGUCGUGGCCUGUUACCUGAUGCUUGUGUGUUUUCAGAUCGCGUCCCUGGGAACUUCACUGUCAACCAAACUUUGUUCAAUCUCAGCAUUCAGAGUCCCUAACUUCUACUUUUUUUUUUUUUUCUAAUUAUGAUUUUGCUUCUAAUUUAUUUCACUUGGAAAAUUCUUUCAGAUCUGCCUGUUUGUUUUGGCACUUUCUUGAAAGUAAAGCAUCCACGUCACAGCUUGUGAA